GUCAAUCGUUAGCAUUUGGUAGCAUAGUGGUUUCGUUGAGACACCUACAUUACAUUCAUAUAUGAUUCAGUUUCGCUAGCACUUUUACGGGGUGAGAUUUGCAAAGUGUGUCUGAGCAUCUCGAAAAGUGCGUCGCACGUAAGUGCGAAGCGUGAUAUGAAAUAGUGAAUUGGAUCGUGAUUCAAAUGGAUAGGCGAUACUAACUACACGUCAUGGGAUUGUGAAAGGAAUCGAGAACGUAUAAGAAGGCAGGAAGUGGGAAAAGGGCCAGGGAUACAACGCUCACGCCCGGUUGUCACGACGCCAUGUUUCCCCGAAGUAGUCUACCGAUGUUGAGUAUCCCUUUGAUGAUACUCUGUUUUUUCAUAAUAUUCGUCGCCGGCCUUGAUGAAUCCGUUGUUGAAAGCAUAGAAACUACUGAGUCAAAAAAUGAGAAUCCAGCAAUAUUAGAAAUUACAGCAUCUCAAGAUUUAGAAGGUAUAGAGGCUGGUAGUACACCAUCAUUAAUAUGUAAACUCAAUGUUCCUGGCCAAAUAUGGUGGACUAGCAAUGGAAAAAAUCUCACUACUAUUAAAGAUUUUGAUUCGGGAGGACGUUUAGAUAUUAAACAAGCUAGUAGAAAUGAUACAGGAGACUACAAGUGUAUAGCACAAACUGUAGAAGGGGAAAUAUUGGAAAAGGAUGUUCAUAUUAGAGUUAUUGAACCAGGUAGAAUAACAGCUGGAGAAGAUAUUAGGAUAAAAGUUAUGGAAUCUGCUAAUUUAACAUGUCACAUGCAUGGUUAUCCAUUAUCUCAAUUUUCUUGGUUAAAAGGAAAUGAUUCUGAAAGUUCAGAUCACUGGAAGGAUUUCACCACUAUCACACAAAUAAAUGAAACUCUCACUAUACUCACUUUAGAAUUUACGAGUUUAACACGUAAAGAUAACGGAACGUAUAUUUGUAAAGCACGUGAUUACAACGGUGAAAUUAGCGCUUAUAGACAUCUUUUUGUAAUUGAUGUACCAAAAGUAAGCAUUGACUUUAUGAAAGCUGUUGGUGCUGGAAGUAUAUUUUUAAAUUGGACUGUAAAUGAUGGUAAUGAGCCUAUUAAAAAGUAUUUUAUCCAACAUAUGAAGAAUGGAACUAAUCAAUAUCAAUAUUAUUCUGAACAAAUUGGCGGCGGUAAUUCAAGCUAUGUUUUAAAAGGUUUUGAAAGUGGUACAGCAUAUCAAAUUGGUAUUAGUGCCAUGAAUAAUGUGGGUACAUCACAUGUACGAUUUGAUCCACGUUGGAUUACUACUCUUGAAAAAGAUCCUAUAUUUGUACCAAAAGUUUCUGUUAAUGGAGUUACUGAAAAUUCUAUUACAAUAGCAUGGACAGUGCCACCAUUGGAUUUAAAAGAACAUGUUCAUUAUUAUAAUUUAAUGAUUACCCAUGGAGAUCAAAAAAGAGAAGCGGUAUAUCCCGCGCAAUCAUAUGCCGUGUACGCAUUUGUCGAUCUUGAUCCCGCUACAAAGUAUAAAUUUAAAAUUGCCGCAUGUAGCGAAUAUACAAAAGAAUGUGGAAAUUGGAGCACUGAAGUAAAUGGUACUACUUUAGAUGGAGUGGCUAGUCCUCCUCAGAAUUUGUCUGUUAAUUGUCGAUUUGAUAAUAUAAGUAGUUCCAGUUUCAUUUCUAUUUCAUGGGCUCAUCCAGAGAAACCUAAUGGUGUUAUUACUCGUUAUAAUAUACAAUUAACUGGCAUUGCUAGAUUUAGAAAUGACAUGGGUCGUUUAGAUAUUGAUACUUGGGGACCACAGACUUGGAGUGUUUAUAAAAAAAAUAGUACACAUUUUAAUCAAAUACCACCUAAUACUAAUUAUACUGUCCGUGUUAACGGUGUAACUAGAUCUCGAACACUAGGAAAGGAUGCUGUUGGUAAUUGUACUACACCAAUUACAAUACCAGACAGAGAUAGUUUAAAUAUGCGAUCGUGGCGAAAAAUUGAAAAUCAGGGUAAACAAUUGUUUAAAUUGUAUCUUCCUCGUAUCACAGAACGAAAUGGUCCUAUAUGUUGUUAUCGAGUUUAUCUAGUAAAAUUAGCACCACAAAAAAGUGUUACUGAUUUACCACCACCCGAGGAAAUUAAUGUAUAUUCAUAUCAGUAUGCUCAUAAUUCACCUUCUGGUGGUGCUUAUAUUGCCGAAAUAUUCGAUAGUGAUCGAUUGAUAUCCGAAAUUUUCCUUGGAGAUGGUGAAUCAUUCAAUGGUAGUAAUAUGUGCAAUAAAUGUAUUGGACUUCGUCCAAAAGUUGCUCCACCUGUACAUUUUGUUCCUGAAGUUUCAAUAACCACAUCAGUAUUUAAUACAACACCUGCUAUUACUACAACAUCAUUAACAUCGACUACAACUCCCACUCCAACAACAUCUACUGUUACUACUCAAAGGAUAGAUACAACCAUUACAAAUCUAAUAGAUAAUAAUCAUACAGAAUCUGUAGAAAGAAAAAAAAGAGAAAAUAUGGCUAUCCAGAAAACAAAAAGCGAAGAUGGAUCUUUUGAACAAUUACUUAGUGCACAAGAUGGUUUCUUAGAUGAAAAAUCAAAUUAUACGGGUUUCAUCGAAGUUAUUGGUAUUUUAAUAUUUCCAAAUAAGUACAUAUUUAUAUUGAAAGUUUAAAAUACUUUUAAUCUUCUCUAUGGAGGAUUGGAUCCCGUAACUAUGAUAUCAACGGAAGUGACCACACUCAGUGUAAUUCUACAACUUUCUAUUGCUCUUAUAUUGAUUAUCAUCAUUCUUCUUAUUGCACUUUGUGUAUUACAUAGAUACACAAAGCGUGCUCAACAAAGAGGAGAAGAAAUUAUAACUCUGAGAAAUAGUUUCAGACAUUUAUGCAGAAGUCUUAGAGGAAGGCAUCAAUUGGUAGCAGCAAGUCCUCCAGAUAUGCCUCCUAUUCCUAAAAGUGAAUUGCUUCAAGCAUAUCUUGAACGACACCGAGAUUCUGAUUAUGGUUUCCAACAUGAAUUCGAAUUAUUACCAGAUAGAUUUACAGAUCGUACAACAAGAGCUUCAGAAGCACGCGAAAAUUUAUAUAAAAAUCGUUAUCCGGAUAUAAAAUGUUAUGAUCAGACUAGAGUAAGACUCGCGCAAAUGGAUGGAAUUUGUGGUUCCGAUUAUAUAAACGCAAAUUUUGUAUUAGGAUACAAAGAACGCAAGAAAUUUAUAUGCGCUCAAGGUCCAAUGGAAAAUACUGUUUGCGAUUACUGGAGAAUGAUUUGGGAACAACAUCUUGAACUGAUACUUAUGUUAACAAAUCUCGAAGAAUAUUCGAAAACAAAAUGUGCAAAGUAUUGGCCUGACAAAGGUGAAACCAAAAAUUUUGGCGAUAUCACUGUUGAACAUGUUCGAGAAAGAGCUUAUUCGGAUUAUGUUGUUCGUGAAUUAAAAAUGACACGAUUAGGAGAACGAGAUGCACGCACCAUUAUUCAAUAUCAUUUCUUAGUUUGGAAAGAUUUCAUGGCACCAGAACAUCCUCAUGCAAUCCUCAGAUUCAUUAAAAGAGUUAAUGAAGCUUAUUCCUUGGAAAAAGGUCCAAUAUUGGUACAUUGUAGUGCAGGUGUCGGACGAACGGGAACAUUAGUCGCAUUAGAUUCUUUAUUGCAACAACUUGCAGAAGAGGGUCAAGUUUCAAUUUUCAAUACAGUAUGUGAUUUAAGACAUCAAAGAAAUUUUUUAGUGCAAUCAUUGAAACAAUAUAUUUUCAUUUAUCGCGCAUUAAUGGAAAUGGCACAAUAUGGUGAUACAGAAAUUCCAGCAUCGCAGCUUAAAAAUAAUGUUGCAAAAUUAAGACAAAGAGAUAAUGGUAAAGAAAAAUGUAGAAUGGAAGAAGAGUAUGAUAAAAUCAACUCUGUAUUAGAAGACAGAAAAUCAUUUUCCGUUGGUGGAGGAGAAGAAAAUAAAAGCAAAAACAGAAGUGAAUUAAUAAUCCCAUAUGACAGAAAUCGAGUAAUUCUUACACCCGUUCCGGGUAGAGAACAUUCAACAUAUAUAAAUGCAUCUUUUAUUGAAGGCUAUGACAAUUCCGAAUCGUUUGUUAUUACUCAAGAUCCAUUGGAUACUACAAUAGCAGAUUUCUGGCGAAUGAUUUCAGAACAGUGUAUUUCUACGAUAGUAAUGUUAUCCGAUUUAAAUGAAGGUCCAAGAAAAUGUCCACGUUAUUGGCCUGAUGAAGAAACUGCAUAUGAUCAUAUAAGAGUUAGAUAUAUUCAAAGUGAGAGCUGUCCAUAUUACACUCGUCGUGAAUUCUGCGUUUCUAAUACAAAAACGGAUGAAAGUGUUGUUGUAACACAAUAUCAAUAUCAUGGGUGGCCAACAGUAGAAGGAGAAGUACCUGAAGUAACUCGUGGUCUCAUUGAACUCGUAAACCAAACGCUUACAAACGAUACAGAAUCAAGCGGCUCACUAGUUGUGCAUUGCAGCUAUGGAUCUGAUAGGAGUUCUAUGUUCGUCGCUCUUAGUAUAUUGGUUCAACAAUUGAGAACUGAAAAACGCGUAGAUAUAUUUACAACAACAAAAAAAUUACGUUCACAAAGACAUGGCAUGAUUAGCACUUUUGCACAAUAUGAAUUUUUACAUCGUGCUAUCGUGAAUUAUUCAGAUCUUCAUAAUUUAGCCGAUGAUGAACCAACUUCUUAAUAUUGCGGAAUAAAAUAUUGAAAUUUCUCAAUAAUGUUUGGUGAAUAUGUGCGUAAAAACAACGUACAAAAAAUGUUUGGAGAUUGUGUAUUCGAAUGCUCAAAAACCUAUAUUGGGCCAACCAAAGAGAUUACUAAUAUAUUGGUGAAAUAAAUACAUCAUGAAAUUAGACUGAAAUAUACAUGUGUAUAAGCAAUUAUCGAUCUUUGAGAAUUUUUAUACACAAACUGUCGAAGAGAAUUAUGUGUAUACAUUUAUUCAUACCACAAGGAAUAAACAGUAAACAUUUCAUAUUGACGAAUUCAUAGGAUUAAACUAAACAUAUGAUUGAUUUGAUAUACAAAUGAAUUUAACCAAUUAUUGGUUAAUUGUUAUAAAGUGCAGUACAGUGAAAACAUUCGUGAUAUCAUGGUCUCAACAACAUUGUGAAUCUAUCUCAAUGAUUUAUUUUUAUUGAUAAAAUUGAAAAAAAAAAAAACAUGAAAUAGUGUAUUUAAACAUUUUUGUGAUUGAACAUGGAA